CCCAGCUUCUGUCUAGCUCAGUCUACAGCAUUUGGCCAUCAUGCUGGAAGGGUAAUCUAGAAGCAUGCGAGAAAGAAUGGAAAACUUAAGCACUGAAAAGCAUGAGAAAUCAUAUUUAUGUAAACCUCUUAAACAGUGGACAAAAGAAGAAGUCAAACAAUGGGCAAUUGAAGUGGUCAAGAUAGACCACCAAUAUGCAGAAAUCCUGUUUAAUCAAAAGGUGACUGGUUGUUCUUUGAAAGAGAUAACUAAAGCAGAUUUGGUGGCAAUGGGCAUACCUUAUGGGACUGCUCUUCAAAUAAUGUAUUUCUUGAAACAGCAUGACAUUCUACCAAAAGUUUCAAAUCAGACCAUGGAACAAGAAGACACUGCAGAGUGCCUCGAUGGAGAAGGAGAAGACAGAGAAAUUGAGAAGAAAGAGAGCAAGAAGAAACACGAUUUAUUUAAUUCCAGUACACUGCAGGAUUCUAAGACAGAGCCCACUGUAAGAGAAAAAGCAUUCAAGUCCAUUGACAAAGAGAAUGGAUCAGAAGAUACGCUGUCAAGCAGUCGGGACCCAACUGGAAAGAUGUGUAUGCCAUAUCCUUUUGACAGUUUCAGUGAUGGUACUCGAUACAUACAGUACAAUAUUCUUAAAGUGCCUGAAACAGGACCAUCUAAUCUCAUUGAUCCAGCACAUGAAUUCAAAUUACUUACCAACACAGACAAGGCAGCAGAAGAUGACAUCCUGAAGAAAUUUACCAAUGACACCUUUAAAUUUGCUGCAGCCUGCAUGAACUCCCGCACAAAUGGGACCAUUCAUUUUGGAGUACGUGACAAUCCACACGGACAAAUUGAAGGAAUAAAAGUUACCAGUAGAAAUAGCUACGUUGAUCAAUUGGAUAAAUCAUUCAAAGACUACUUCAAUAAGGAUUACGUCAAUAUUGCACGAGAUUGCAUCAGACAACCUAGAUUUGUGGAAGUAUUAUUACAAAAUGGAGAUCCAUCACAUACAUUUGUCAUUGAAGUGGAUGUGGUUCCCAAAUAUCACAAAUGUGACACAAAGUAUUUCUCUACCAGGACAUACAGUUAUAAAAAAAAGUGUUGGCAAAAAACUGUCUUCAUCCGGGAUGGAGCUAGUUCCAGAAAUAUUUAUGGCCAAAAAGAAUUUGAAACUUUUAAAAGCAGCUUGUCAUCUUUAGCAACUUCUCGUAAAAAAGCAGAGGAAGAAUAUAACUUGAAGCAACACAGGCCAGUACUUGAAGGAUUUAAGCUAUCUAGGCUGCUCACGGGUAACAAAGACUCACUAGAUGACUCUUACUAUGACUACUACAUUUUGGUAACAAACAAGUGCCACCCAAGUCAAAUUUCUCACUUAGACUUUUUACAGGAAAUAAAAUGGUUUGCUGUGCUUGACUUUGAUUCUGAAUCAGAAAAAAAUGGUGUGCUCAAGAUUUACCAAAAAAAUCAAAAUGCCAAAAUUCACUUCCCAUAUCAUUAUGAAAAUGAAGUGGGAUCAGUUUCUGAACAAGCUGAAAAGCUGAAACUGUAUCAGGAGACCAACUGGAUUUUUUGCAAUGGUAGAUCAGACUUCACAGGCAAUACUGAACCACCACUAGAUCCUUCUUCAUGGCAACGAGACAGAGCUGCUAGUGUCAGAAAAAUGAUUUCAUUUCUUUCACACAAAGAUGUAAAGCAGAGUGGAAAGGUUUUAACAGUGUUUCUUUUGCUUUCGAAAGUAGAAGACCAGGCGGAUCCCCUUAUUGAGACAUUUGUGACAUUUUACCAAGAAUUAAAGGGACUAGAUUACUUGACCUGCAUUUGCAUUGGUCCAGAUACAUACCAGCUUUGGAAAGAUCUUCUGAAAGCUAGAGGCAUUAGUGAGGAAGCACUUUCAGACAAGUGUGUUUCUAAUUUAAGCCUGGAAAUGGUAAAUGGUACCAUCAUAAAAUUAAACUCAAUGACACAGUCUUCUGAAAGACUUCUUCCCUCUAUCGGUCUUUCUACCAUUCUUCUAAAGAAGGAAGAAAACUCCAUGGCAGCAUUGGAAAUACUCUGUGUAAAUGAGUGCAAAGACACAGAAAUAGAGAAGGAUGAAGAAAAAUUUAAAAAUUUCAUGAAAGAGCGGGAAGAAAAUUUUUAUCGAGGUGGUAAAGUAUCAUGGUGGAAUUUCUAUUUUUCUUCUGAAAAAUAUACUUUAGAUUUUGUCAUAAGAGACAGUUAUGAAAAGCUUGAGCACCUAAUUGUCUCUUCAUCUAGCAAAGCUAAUGAGUCUCCUGUAAAAAUUGUCAACCUUUACCACCAUCCAGGCUGUGGCGGGACAACAUUAGCUAUGCAUAUCCUUUGGAAUCUCCGGGCGAAAUUCAGAUGUGCUGUUCUGAAAAGCAAAGCAAGUGAUUUGGGAACACAGCUGACAACUUUGCUCACGUGUGGAGCAGACAAUAACACAGGCUAUUUACCAGUGUUACUCCUUGUGGAUGAUUUUGAAGAGCAAGAAAAUGUCAAUUCUCUGCAGAAAGAUAUUGAGGUGGCUAUAACAGAAAAAUACAUUCCAUAUGUAGAGCCUUUAGUGAUCAUUCUAAACUGUAUGAGAUCUCAGAAUCCUGAUGAAAGUUCAACAAUCAACUUACUGAACAGUGUUUCUUUAAAACAUGAGCUUUCUGGAAAAGAGCAAAGGGCUUUUGAUCAGAAACUAAAAUCUAUUGAAAAGGAACAUCCACAGGCUGAUGAUUUCUAUUCAUUUAUGAUUAUGAAGGAAAACUUUGACCCACAAUACAUCGAAAGAGUGGUAAAAAGUACCUUGCAUAAUUUAGAUACUGCAUCUAAACCAGUACGGCUUGUUUGCUAUCUCACACUGCUAAACUCAUAUGUGAAAACGUCUGCAGUUUCAAUAUCAUUAUGUGAAGCAUUCUUAGGAAUUAAUUCUCAAGAGAUUGGCUGCAGUAAAGAUAAAUUGAUAGAAAAGAUGAGAAUUUGUUCCAACAUUCUAAUAUAUGAUCAGGUAUGUGAAUACCCAAGAUGCAAAUGUCUUCGUAUCGUUCACCCACUGAUAGCAUCUCAAUGCCUAACAGAAUUGAAACUAACCUAUGACUUGCCUAAAAGUGAAAUUACAUUGCAGUUAUUGAAAGAAGACUUAUUUUACAAGACCUCAUUAGAGCAAGACAAACUUAUUCGUGAUAUACAAACCCUGCUGAUUACUAGACAGCGCAAGGAACAUGGCAAUGAGACAGACACAUUAUUUUCCUCCUUAAUUGAGGCAAUUCAUAAGGAAGAGAAGUGUAGUAAAGUGCAAUGUGUAUUAAAACAAGCAUCUGAGAGAUUUGAGGAAAAUGGUUUCAUUUGCCAAGCCUUAGCAAGAUACUUCUACAUUAAAGAAAGAAAUUUUGACUCUGCAUUAUUUUGGGCUAAAGAAGCCAAACGAAGAGCACAACACAAUUCAUACAUAUCAGAUACACUAGGUCAAGUCUUUAAAAGUAAGCUAAGAAACUACGUAGAGUUUGAGCGAAAGAGUGCAGCCCUAACACCUGAAAAACUGAAAUAUUUGCUAGAAUUUGCUAAGAAUGCUUCACAGGCUUUCAGAGAAUCUCAGCGGCAAGCUGAAUAUGAACAAAAAAGCCACUUGAAGCACCAUAACCUUAAAAAAAAGAUUAAACCGUACAAUACUGCUGGGUAUCAGGGAGAGAUAGAAACUGGUCUUUAUGUUAUUGAUGUCCUUUGCCAAGUUCCUUUUUUCAGCAAAAAAGGCUUACUGUGUAGAAAAAAAUUGACAAAGCAUCUAUCAGGAAGUAAUAUUUUGAAUGCAGAUGACCCUCACAGACAAAGUGAAAUGUUCAAGGUGCUUGAACAUUAUUCCAGCUUUCUAUGUCAUUUGCAAUCACAGUUGAAAAGAUCAUUUGACUUUAUUGAAGACUACUUUGUGUUUUUCAAAACAAAGAACAAAGAAAAAGAAAUUGUGGAAGCAAAAAUAUACCAGAAGGCUCAAGAAUGUUUUACCAAAUACAAAGAAAUAUUUUGUAAUUUUGAUUUUGAGCAGCUGAAAAGUAAACAGAUGUCAAAGCUGUCCAUGUCUCAGCAUAUAGAAGCAUACAGAGAAGCUGUGGAGGCUUCCAAAGCAGACUCCUUUUCUGGAAUUUUGAAAUACCUCCACAGAAAUCACAAAAAUGCUGAUGGAGAAGUAGAAGACAUUGUAAAAGCUUAUACAUUUUUGUGUGAGGAGAAUGAACAAGCAACUCUGAAAGACAAACUGAAUUUUAUUUUGGCAAAUAUUGUUCUGAAUUGCAUUAAACCUAACUCCACUACUUUACAUACUUCUAAUAAGUUGGAAAGUCUGCUUCGAAGAAUUCUACAGCAAGUGGAACAAACUUCACAAUGUAUAGAGCCUUUCUUUCUAGCCUCCUUACUGUUCUGGCCUCGGAACAGGAAACAAUUAAAUGAAGAUUCCAAGAAAAUGGAAACUUAUAUCCGAUGCUUAAGGGAAUCUUUCAAAGAGCUAUAUGGAACCCUCCGCUGUUCCAGGCACCCUAUGGCUCUUUUCUAUCUGGCAAAAGGAAGUGAUCUGAACAGAUUUGUUCACAAAGGAAAAAUAGACCAGCUUUUUCACUCACUUUCAGAACACCAACUCAAUUAUCUCUGGCAGAGUGGAGAUAUCUGGAAGGAACAAGCUGUUCAAGAUCUUUUGCUUCCUUUGGAUGGCAGAGCUGAGGGUAAGGUUAUCUACAUUGACUAUGGCAGCAAUGAAAUCUUUAGGAUACCAGCACACCCUGUUCCUUCGUACCUUCUGAAAAAAGGCCCUAACAUAGAAAGAGUGUCUUUUUACCUUGGGUUUUCCAUUAAUGGGCACUCCCUUGCGUACAAUAUACAAAGCCCUGAAACAUAAACCAGUAACCUAUUGC